AUGCCACUAGAGAGACCACCCGUUAUUGGGGCAGAGGAUGCACAUAACACAGAUCGACUCAGAGCCGAGUGGUAUUUGAUGAACAAUCAUCAUGAAGCUUUCGAAGACGUCCUCAGCAAUGCGGAGAAGCACGAAGAGUUCAGAAAUUAUCUAGAAGAAAACGACGAGCGCGGAAAAGACAUUCUAUUCAAGAUCAAUGUCGUUCGAGGACUUAUCAUAAAAUGGUCGGAAAACUGCGACAAGGGAACAAAAAACUUGAAAGAAAUCAUCUUCUUCCUCUUCAAAAGCUCGCCCCAGCUGCUGAAGAAAUUCGACCGACGCGACGAAGACUUCAACAUCCACGCGGUCGAGCAAUGUACUGCUGAGUUGAAGAAAGCAUGGGAUCAGAAAAGUAAAAAAGAAAUUGCCGCUGAGAAGGCGGAAGCCCUCGUUUCCGCCUACCAAGAGACGCUCAAUGCGAUGAAAAAGUGCCUUCAGAUCAAAAGCUUUCCCUUGUACCUCGAGCACAAGGCCAGCUUCCAGCCGCCUACUUUCGCUCUUCCUGAAAUACCAGAAAACAGAGAGUGCCGGCUGACCAGCGCCAAUCUGCUGCGAACCCAGAGCAGCAGAUCGCAGCACUCAACCCGCGAACCUUACUACAACUCAAACUACAGACCUCCGCCAACCAGCCACAACAAUUCCGAAUACGCCAGCCAAAGCUCCGACUGUACAUCCGACACGCUUUCAUUCACCACCGAUUCCGACCAUUUCACGUCCGAAGAAAACAGAAAGAGACGCGAAAAGAAAAAUCGAAGGCGGAUGCUUCAAGCGAACCAAUCGUACACGGGAAAAUGCAACUUGCCCAAGUACGAGAAUCCCAAGGAGCCGGAGCCACCAAAAGCUAUUGAUCCAAACCUCGUCAUGCGGGAUCAAAAGAAGUUCCACGAGAUCCUGUGUGAAAAACUACGCGCUUAUAUCAAGAAACAGGAUCAAAAUGCCGAUGACAAUAUACUCGACGAGCAUAUACGUACCAAGAUGACGACGCCUGGCUCUCAUACUCCCACACAUCGACCUAUCGUUCAGUUCCCUGCCACGCAUCACCGUCCUCAUGGCCUUCACAUGGGCCCGCUUCCCUCAACGAAUCCUCUCCCCGCAAAAGACCUGAGCCAGGACGUCACUGGCAAAGUCACCGGCUGGCUGCGCGAAUCCGAUCGCGAAAUCGAAAGAAGACGAGCCAGUAGCAAGACGAAAUCGAAGAACAAACACUCGCAGUCAUUCAGUUCUUACGCCACAAAUUCCGGCUACGAAAACGCGCAACGACAAUCUGGCGCGAGCAGGCGAAAUCAAACCAUGAACCAGUCGUACAGCCAUGAGAACCCGCAGAGUCAUUUGAGCGUCGACUCAGGUCUCAGCUCGAUCAGGCGACCGGAACACGACGAUAAUGACUUCGAAAUGAGGGGCAUCAAGGAUCGACUCAUUCAAGAAACAGAAGGAGAAGUCGUCACCAGAGGCCUUUACCACUACAACGACGAGAAAUACGUUGUUAAAGUUCCCGGACGACCACCGACUUUUGACGCCUUCCGAAAGAAGUACCACGAUUCAUCGAGCCUCCAAGCCGUGCGUUUCUUCUUCAAGUGCGAGGACGGAGCGUGGAUGGAGGUCCAAAACCUCGAUGAACCGCUUCCCGUUGUGAACGAUCUCGUCGAAGCCAAGGUCCACGAGCAGCGUCUCGACUGA